AUGGGCAUUUUCGGACUUGCUACUACCGGCUUUGUCGGCGCCUUGCACAGCUACAUCAUGCUGUUAGAAACUGUCUUUUGGACGUCUCCCCGCGGAAGAAAGACCUUCAAGCUCACUGCCGAGUUCGCCGAGCAGACAAAGACCAUGGCUGCUAACCAGGGCCUGUAUAACGGCUUUCUGUCUGCCGGUCUAAUUUGGUCGCUUGUUCACCCGAACCCUGUGUUUGCAAAGCAGCUGCAGAUCUUCUUCAACGGCUGUGUUGUAGCUGCAGGCGUGUUCGGCAGCGUCACUACGGCCAACACAAAAAUUCUCUUCGUUCAGGCCGCCCCUGCUGCUCUUGCUCUUGGACUUAUUCUUUUGGGUAUUUAG